AACAUCUUUCGAUCACACCAACAUCUUUCGAAAUCACUUUCCCAUUUUCAUUCGCGAUCCUUUUGUGGAAAGAUCUUUCGAUGAUUGUACAACGCACCCGGUUCAUCACGUCGUUAUAUCCGUCGUACCUACGGCUAGCGAAAAUGAGUCAAGUCGGUGAGAUGGGAAGCGGUGCUGGUAAGGGUGGUGGCGGUGGAGGCAGUAUCCGAGAGGCUGGUGGAUCUUUCGGCAAAAUGGAAGCGGCACAUGAAGAGGAGUACUUUUACAAGCAACAGCGGGAGCAGUUGGAGAAACUCAAAGCCAAAAAGGACGAUUCGUCGUCUGGUUCUACUCAACCGGGAGGCAAACAGUAGUCGACCGCUUACCGCUUGCUUACCUUUG